AUGAAUAGCGAGCUUUAUCAACAACUAACCGCUCCGAAUGGAGUCACUUACAACCAACCUUUGGGCCUCUUCAUCAACAAUGAAUGGCGCCGAUCAAAGGCAGAGGAAUUGGUAUCGGUUGUGAGUCCAAUUGACGAAAACGAGAUCGUCAAAGUCCACGCUGGCGGCGAGGAAGAUAUUGACGAUGCAGUCAAAGCUGCUCGGGCAGCGCUCAAAGGCCCUUGGUCACACAUUUCUGGAACAGUGAGAGGUGAAAUGAUGCGCAAACUCGCCGAUCUUGUUGACGCCGUCACAAACGAACUUGCCACAAUUGACACAUGGAACAACGGCAAGAGAUUCUCGUCUGCCCAGGGCGACGUUGGUGAGCUUACAGGCGUGCUUCGAUAUUACGCUGGAUUCGCUGAUAAGCAGUACGGACAAGUGAUAAGCACAACGGAAAAGAAGUUUGCCUAUACCACAGUAGGACCGAUAGGUGUUUGCGGCCAGAUCAUUCCUUGGAACUAUCCCUUAGGAAUGGCUGGCUGGAAGAUCGCCCCAGCUCUUGCCGCCGGUAACUGCGUGGUACUCAAGCCAGCCGAGCAGACGCCUCUGUCUAUCCUAUUUUUUGCAGACAUCGUCAAGAAAGCAGGAUUUCCGCCAGGAGUGAUCAACAUUGUGAAUGGCUUUGGUAGUACGGCUGGUGCAGCUUUAGCUGCUCAUAUGGAUGUUGAUAAGAUAGCCUUCACUGGAUCUACAGCGACUGGACGUGAGGUUGCAAGGCUUGCAGCGAGCAAUCUGAAGGAGAUUACAAUUGAGUCUGGGGGCAAGUCUCCACUGCUCGUUUUCGAGGAUGCAGAUUUGAACCAAGCUGUUAAAUGGAGUCACUAUGGUAUCAUGGCCAACCAAGGCCAGAUAUGUACUGCAACCAGUCGAAUCUUGGUUCAUGAAAAGGUGUAUCAUCAGUUCACCGAACUGUUCAAGGAGAGAGUCAAGUCUUGCAAGAUAGGCAACCCCUAUGAUAGCGAUACAUUUCAAGGGCCACAGGUCUCAAAGGCGCAAUACGAAAGAGUGCUAUCGUUCAUCGAGAGCGGUAAAGCUGAAGGGGCUACUGUUGCUCUUGGCGGUCAGCCAGUUGCAGUCAAUGGCAAGGGUUUCUUUAUCGAGCCUACUAUCUUCACCGAUGCUUCGGAUGAUAUGAAGAUCUAUCGCGAGGAGAUCUUCGGACCGGUUGCAAUCAUCAGCGCGUUCAAAACGGAAGAUGAAGCACUGCGCCGGGCUAACGAUACGAUAUAUGGCCUCGGUGCGGCCAUCUUCACCCAGGAUAUCACUCGAGCACAUCUUAUCGCGAAUAAGAUCGAGGCAGGAAUGGUGUGGAUCAACAGCAGCAAUGACUCGGACUUCCGCAUUCCCUUUGGAGGCGUGAAGCAGUCUGGUAUUGGUCGUGAGCUGGGAGAGGAAGGAAUCCGUGCAUAUACAAGCAGGCGGUCAGUUCAUGUCAACGUUGGGAACGUCUUAUAG